GUUUGUGAAAAGUUGAGAGACGAACAGGAGGAAGUGGGGAGAGAGGAGUUGGGGCUGUACCGGAGGCCGAGCACAGAGAGGCCCCAGGUGACCCCUGGGAAGCCCCCGUGGCUGGAAGGGAGCCGAGUGCCUGCAUGAAAGGAGGGACCUGCUUGGAAGUUCGUUCCUACCUGAGCCGGGAACUCUAGCUUCGGGUUCGGCAGCCCUUCCCCUGCGUGGUGACUCUGGUGUCCGCGUCUGCGCCCCAGCCAUGAGGAUCCGGAUGGCCGUGAGGUGGACGUGGGCAGGCAAAAGCUGCCUUCUGCUGGCGCUUUUAACAGUGGCCUAUCUCCUGGUGGAACUCUCCGUCUCCACUUUCCAUGCCUCCUCAGGAGCCGGCCUGGCCAGGGAUCGGGGGCCAGGACGGUCCUCAGACCCCGGGAAAGAGGCAGUGGAUUUGUCUCGACCGCUUUAUGAGAAGCCCCCUGCAGAUUCCCACGCAACUGGGGAAUGGGGGAAAGCCAGCAAACUUCAACUCAACGCGGGUGAACUGAAGCAGCAAGAAGAACUCAUUGAGAGAUAUGCCAUUAACAUUUACCUCAGCGACAGGAUUUCCCUGCACCGCCACAUAGAGGAUAAAAGAAUGUAUGAGUGUAAAUCCAAGAAGUUUAACUAUAGGAGGCUGCCCACCACGUCUGUUAUCAUUGCUUUCUAUAAUGAAGCUUGGUCGACUUUGCUCCGCACCAUCCACAGUGUUUUAGAAACUUCUCCUGCAGUCCUUUUGAAGGAGAUCAUCUUAGUCGAUGACUUGAGUGACAGAGUUUAUUUGAAGGCACAACUUGAAACUUAUAUCAGCAAUCUCGAUAGAGUCCGCUUGAUUAGGACAAAUAAGCGGGAGGGUCUGGUUAGGGCCCGUCUGAUUGGGGCCACUUUUGCCACUGGGGAUGUCCUCACUUUCCUGGAUUGUCACUGUGAGUGUAAUACAGGUUGGUUGGAACCACUUUUGGAAAGGAUCGCUGAAGAUGAGACAGCAAUUGUUUGUCCUGUCAUAGACACCAUUGAUUGGAAUACUUUUGAAUUCUAUAUGCAGACUGGGGAGCCCAUGAUUGGUGGUUUUGACUGGCGUUUAACGUUCCAGUGGCAUUCUGUCCCCAAACAUGAAAGGGACAGGCGGAAAUCGAGAAUUGACCCAAUCAGGUCACCCACCAUGGCUGGAGGACUGUUUGCUGUCAGCAAGCAAUAUUUUCAGUACCUUGGAACUUACGACACUGGGAUGGAAGUGUGGGGAGGUGAAAACCUGGAGCUGUCUUUUAGGGUGUGGCAGUGUGGAGGUAAACUGGAGAUCCACCCAUGUUCCCACGUGGGCCACGUGUUCCCCAAGCGGGCACCCUAUGCUCGGCCCAAUUUCCUACAGAAUACUGCUCGGGCAGCGGAAGUGUGGAUGGACGAGUACAAAGAGCACUUCUAUAAUCGAAACCCUCCAGCAAGGAAGGAAGCUUAUGGUGACAUUUCUGAAAGAAAAUUACUACGAGAACGGCUGAGGUGCAAAAGCUUUGACUGGUAUUUGAAAAAUGUGUUUUCUAAUCUACAUGUUCCAGAGGAUAGGCCAGGCUGGCAUGGAGCUAUUCGCAGUAUGGGGAUCUCUUCUGAAUGUUUAGAUUAUAAUUCUCCUGACAACAACCCCACAGGUGCUAACCUUUCACUGUUUGGAUGCCACGGUCAAGGAGGCAAUCAAUUCUUUGAAUAUACUUCAAACAAAGAAAUAAGGUUUAAUUCUGUGACAGAGUUAUGUGCAGAGGUUCCUGAGCAAAAAAAUCACGUAGGAAUGCAAAAUUGUCCCAAAGAUGGGUUUCCUGUUCCAGCAAACAUUAUUUGGCAUUUUAAAGAAGAUGGAACCAUUUUUCAUCCCCACUCAGGACUGUGUCUUAGCUCUUACCGGACACCUGAGGGCCGACCUAAUGUUCAGAUGAGAACUUGUGAUGCUCUAGAUAAAAAUCAAAUCUGGAAGUUUGAGAAAUAGAAGAACACAAUGGCAGUUUCGUCCUAAGCUGAUACUAGCUUCAGGAAAGUCAAAGAGCCUUCAGAGAGCGUCAGUGAAGAUUUAUUUUAUCAGCGUUCACCCAGUGGUCACCUGCGAGAGCUCUGUAAAAGCUGUGGAUUAUUUUGGUAUAAAACACUGAAACUGGGUGCACAGAGAGCUGCUGUUUAAUAUUUCAAAGUGCCUCACUUAUGGGUUGUUUCAUUUAAGAGCCUUGUCGAUACGGUCUCUUACUUCUUAAAGAAGUUGACUGUGACUUGUGAUAUAGAAAACAUUUAAGUGCUGGACUUAACGAUUGUAAAAGUCCAGGCACAAUGAGGGAUGAUUUAUGUUGAUGGGUAAGUUCACUGCACAUCCCAUUUUUUAACAAAACUCAGAAAUGUGCAGUUUGAGCUAUUGCUACUUUGGUUGUACAUAGAAUUUGAAUUUCAUUUAGCCAGCACAUUAAAUUUUAGGUUUUGUUCUUUUUUUUAAUUCUAAUUUUCCUUUACUCAAAGAGCAAUCAAGGAAAGUUAAUCUUAAGGAGAAAGGCCUGGUUUAGACAUAUAUGUGUCAUCGGAUGUUAAUUUGAAUGUGAGUUUAGAGAUCUUUUAAAUAUACAGACAUCUCAGAAGAAUAUGCCCACAUCUGAAUGAAAUGGGAGAUAUUUACAUUCCAUACUUUGCAAACUUGAGCUCUUGAACUUAACUGAUCUAUAUAGAUACCUCAUAUUGCUCUGAUGUUGUAAGCUGUCCUCUCUGUGAACUUGUUUGUGUGUGUAUAGGGCAUUUUCUGAUUGCACUUCCUUAAGCUAUGAAUGUAUUGGAGAGAGGGACUCAUUCAGAAUACUGUGCUUCCCUUUGUUAAUGCUUAAUCACUUAAAGUAAACACAGUGGGGGCCAACUAUGUUUACUGAAAUGUGUGAAACUGAAAGUGGGCCCUGUUCCACAAAGGCUGCCGAGCUCUUCUAUGAGUUCUUGCUGAUAAGGACUUUUAAGGAUUGAUUUUAAGACAAGGGAGAAGGACUGGCUUGUUAAUGGUGGAUGCUACCUUCCAGCUCGUUUUCAGCACCUAGCCUGGAGCCUGGCACUUAGGCAGCCGUCGUUAAGAGGGUGAAUGAAUGAAUGAAUGAAUGUGCCUCUGGUCAGAUCUUUUGGGCCUCAGUGUUCUCAUCCGUGAAGUAUCCGUGUCUGGGUAGAUCUCAAAGAGCCCUCCAGCUUCUGGAAUGUUACGCUUCUACAGUCAGUCACUGUGCAGUCUUUACAACGGUUUUAUCUCCUCCCUGUUAACCUAGGUAAUGUUGAGCAACGUUCAGUUCAGUUAUGAAGCUGGAAGAGGGGAGUGGCUUUAAAAAUUAAGUGAGCUGAGCUCAACUGAAGUGGUUUGUUUUGGACUGAGUGGAAAGUUGUUAUGGUCAGUGUUUGUAUUCCUUUUAUUUUGACAACUGCUGAAACAAUUUUUGUUUUCUGUCUUUAAUCUUUCAAACUCUAAAAGUGGUCUUUGGGGCUAAGAAUAUGAAUAUUCCCAAACAAAAUUAUUUGAGAAGUAAACAUAAUUAAAAAAAUUAUUUUUACUGUUAUUCUAAUGUUAUGUCCAGAAAGCACAGGCUGAAUUUAGAAUUAAGUUCCAGUUAGUUCACUUUGGUCUAGAUUUAUGAGAAAUGCAUGCUCCAUAAAGAAUCAGUCCAAGUACUCACAAGUUGUUUUCAGUGUCUACCUGAUGACUUGGAGAGUAGAACUUUUGCAAAAUUUAAAUUUGGGAAACAUUUUUAGGAUAACCAUUUCAAAAAGUAAAAUUGCUACAGAUUUUGAAUAGUUUGUUUCUUUUAUAUUACUUAAAGUGAAAAUGAGUUAAUAACUUCCUAUAUGUUAUGUAGCAAAGAAUUGUCCAAAUUCCACGUGCAAUGUGCGUGGCCCUGAAUUUUGCAGAAGGGUUGAUUGGUAGCAGAUACCCUCCUAAACCCACCCUCACCCCUUGCUCAGUUUGCCUUAUUGUUUUUAAAAUCACCCUUUCUCUUUUAUUUAUUUUUGUUGUUCUUCUUAGCCCCUUAUCAUAUGGGAGAUUUGAUAUAUUCUGGUUGUAUUUAUUGGAAUUGUUUUUAUUCUGGUAUCUUACUGCUCCUGUCAAAAGGGAAAGGGAGCACCGAGAAGUAAAGCGCUUAGUUCUUUACUUACUUUUUGCCUAAAUUGCAGGGUGUGACGCAUUAAUCUUUGUGGAAGAAAAUUUAGGCUAGUGUUUUAUUUAUAUCAAUAAUUGGGAAUAGGUAGGUCAUUCAUCCCUCACAAUAAUGGAAGUGAAGAACAAGAAGAACAAGACUUUUGCAUCUGAUAUAUAGGCAUUUCCGAUUUAAGUCCAAAAACACACUGUAAAACUACAAACAAAAUAUAUUUUGAUUCUCUACUUCUAAUUUAUUGGUACCAAAGUUCUCUUUUGCUGUAGAUAAUUAAGAGUUGAUCUUUUAAAUUAAUUUACAUGCUUAAAAGCAGUUUUAGUAAAAAUUUGGUAGACAAGAAGUUUCAACUUUAAAUGGUCACUAUAUCAUUUAGCGUCCAAUUCUGUGAAUAGAUUGACUACCUAAAUAGGCAUUUUUAGCAGUCUUUUUUUUUUAAUGGUAAUCUAAUCAUCUGCAAGAUCUCUAUAACUGAAAAUAACUUGUUUGUAAAAGAAAAUCUGUCUAUGCACCCAGCAGUAGGCUCCUGAGUAUUCAUUAUAUGUUGGCAAAUCAAACUUUUCUAGGUUGGUGACAGGAGGUUAUUUUUAAGUUGUGUAUUUUUAGUUAGUUUCAAUUUUAAUUAACUAAGGGUCUCAAUUUUGAUUAAUAAAAUACUUAGCUUUGACUUGUUUGUCCUUUUGAAUUGCUGUUUUAAUAAUACUUUUAAAUGAGCACAAAGAAUGUUAAGGUUCAGAUUAAUCUCUUUUGAAUGAUGAAUUUUUUUCUGGGUGAUGAAUGGUUUCCAUCCUUUUUUUCCUUUUGUUAAUAGUGUUUGCAAUAUUGAUUAAGACAUUUGAAAUAAAGUGUGUGCCUAAUUUUUAGAAA